AUGUCAACUCCUAAUAAGCGACCAUACGAGAAGGAAGAACUUCAGCAGUUUACCCAAGACAUUUCCAUAGUAUGUGCAUUUGGGGAGACGAUUGAGAAGUUAUCAUCAAAAAUCGGAGAGGAAACUGCUGUGGAGAUCUCCUCUAUGCAUGAUAUUAAUCCUGUCAUAUGGACACCUGCACUGGAGAAGUAUCUUGAUACCAUCUUCAAGGAAACAAAAGAUAAUUUCCAAACUAAAGCCCAGGCUAAAUUGUCGGGGGACGAAGAUGGACUUUUCAGGCUUUAUUGCGAAAAAGUUCUCAUUGAUUU